AUGUUGGUGGAGGAAGGCUUCUCAAUGGUCAGCGUUGAUGCCAGUGAUAAAAUGCUGAAAUACGCCCUAAAGACCCGCUGGAACCGGAGGAAAGAACCGGCAUUUGAUCAAUGGGUGAUUGAGGAAGGAAAUUGGCUGACUUUGGAGCGGGAUAUCUCUCCUCCGGGAACCGGAUUCGAUGCGGUUAUUUGUCUGGGAAACUCAUUUGCUCAUCUUCCAGACUUCAAAGGAGAUCAGAGUGACCAGCGCCUGGCGCUUCACAACAUUGCACGAAUGGUCCGACCGGGAGGAAUAUUGAUUAUUGAUCAUAGAAACUAUGACUACAUCCUGAACACUGGCUGUGCUCCUCAGGGGAAGAACAUUUACUACAAGAGUGACUUGACCCAGGACAUCUCUACCUCCGUCUUGUGGGUGAACAACAAAGCGCACAUGGUGACACUGGAUUACACAGUCCAGAUACCGGCUUCAGAGGAGUCCCAGCCAGAAGUCAGCAAAUUCCGCUUGUCCUAUUACCCUCACCGCCUGGAUUCCUUUACUGCCCUUCUGCACGAGGCAUUUGGGGGUCAGUGUGAGCACAUGGUGUAUGGAGACUUCCUGCCCUUCACCCCAGGCCAAGAGACAGAUCCAUGUUACUUCAUACAUGUGACAAAGAGGACGGCGUGA